CCGCCGGCAAACUCAGUGACGGAAGGCGAUGUGUAACAAACGAGUCAUCGCGGCGUAACGCGUUUCUGUUUAAUUACAAAAUUAAAUUACAGAUGCGUACGAAGAGAGAUCUUACACCACAAAGUCUCAGGUCCAACAUAUACGCUUGGCCGGUGGAAAACGACUCAGUCUCAGAUUCCAUGUUACUGAUUGACGAGCGAGCCUGUCAAUCCGCUGCCACGGCUUGAGGUGGCGAGCGCGACGAGUUAGUUCACUAAAUUGGAAAGAUGAACAUAGAUAUUUCUCUCCUGUCUCAGAUAGUCAACGACGACGAUGAGGAUACAAUGCAGACGUUGAAGUUUGGCAGUGGUCACCAGAAAGACACCACAUUCAAUGAGAUACAGCGCUUCACUGGCACGCACUCGGGAUCUCCACCAGACAUCAAGCACCUGCUAGAGGAAAUCGAGAUCAUUAAGUUCCAGAUUGGAAUCCAAACCAAAACCAUCGAAUCAUUGAAUCAAACAGUGAGCCUCUUAGCGAAGGGCAUAAUCAACCAUCAGCAGAGGAUCAGACUGUUGGAGGAGGAGGUGAGGAAGCUGAACAUGAGCAGCAUCAUCGAAGAGGACAGGAUUAGUUUGAUGAUAGACAAACGGAUUGAACAUUUGACAGAGCUGUCCUCAAACCUGGCCAAACCACAACAAUCAGACCAGCAAGCAGAAAAUCAGGCACAGUCAACAGAUACCACCAACCAGGCUGAAAAACCUGCUACAGAAAUGUAUGAGAGCAAAACAUUUCUCUGGGAAGAAUGUGAAUCACUGCGGAACGAAAUAGAGAAAAUUAACAGAAAGCUAUCUGUACAAGAGGAUGAUCUAGUAAGUAGUUUGAGAGAUUGCAAAAUACUCAAACAGAACCAAAAGAACUACAAUCAGAUUCUAGAAAGGCUAAUACAAAGGUGCAGACAACUACAGCCACCAGAUACUGAUCAGGAGAUACGGGACAUUAAACAACCUAUGGUUGAGAUGCAGGAGCAGAUUCGGAAUCCGUGUUCCUGCAGCAGCAGAAGCGAAACUACUGACAAGAGAGCAGGUAGCAAUACUGUGUUAAAACAACUGAUGGAAGAAAACUGCACUGCUUCAGAUUCAGAUAGUGAUACAUGGUAAAAGAAUCCAAGUGUGAGUGUUCGAUACCUGCUGCCCUUAAUAACAUCCCCGUGAACCAACUGUCUACAACAGCACAGUCAGAUACAAGAUGAAAGUAGGAUGCAAGACUGAAAACAUAGUGGUUCCGGCCCAGUCCAUCGCGGGAAAAGCCCUCCCCGUCUGAGCCCAUCUAGAUGGAGUGCUGUCACAGGAAAGCAGCAUCCAUCAUCAAGGACCUCCAGCAAGGUUACAGGGUGGCACAUCUGGAAUGGAAGCCAGUUGCUUUCUUCCCUUGCAAAGGUUCGAAAGCUUUCAGCAACCCCACUGGAGAUCAGCAACACUUGGUGCAGAGCAAGUUUGGUUCCUGGGAGCUUCCUGGUAGUUUAUGGAUCGGUGCUGUUUAGGCAACCAGGAAGUCGUUUGGACACUAAUCAAGUGAUACACAGGCCUUCCUAAAAUGGCACAGCUGGAGAAAUUUUCAGUAGUACGUUCACAAUAGCUUCAAGGAUGAACAGUGAGAAUACAAAGUUUCAUUUGAACACCGGUAAUAAAAUCAA